ACUGUUGUUCAUCUUAACAAUCAAAUUAGGUGCAUUGGUGUAUAUGAUUCAGCGACAAAAUCACAAAUGUACAACUCAUUAUAACUCUUUAUUUGUCACUGUAGUUGCGGUUAAAAUUGACUGGAAAGAGCCAAUAAUUAUGAUAUCGUCGCAUGGAACAUCUUUUCUGGGAAGUUUAUUCCUUAUAUUUCAGAUUGUUUCAGUUUCUAGCUGGCCAACGGGGGCACCGGCCGAUGCCUGUACUGACCGGACCCCACAACAUGGAACAGUUGCCCAAUCCUCUCCGUCCCCAUUCACCCUGUCAUUUUCAACAUCGGAUCCAUAUGUUAAAGUGACGAUAGAUUCUGCGUCGUAUUCAAGCAUUAAGGGAUUUUUAUUACAAGCUCGACAGGGAAAUGCAAAUGGGCAGAUCGUAGGUACAUGGCUAUCACAGACUAAUAGUAAGUUACUUGAAUGUACUGCUGCUUAUGAUAGCACAACUCAUACGAAUAGUGAAGAUAAAGUCUUGCCGCUAGAAUUGAUAUGGAAUCCGCCAGAAUCAAGUCAGAGCAAUAUUGUCUUCGUUUCAACAAUCGUAGUCAAUCGCAAUACGUUCUGGGUGAAUGGUGCCGUUGAUGCUUGCAACCCUAACCCAUGUGGUCCAGGCACGUGCCAGUCACUUUACGGAACCGCUGUGUGUACCUGUCCCGCCGGAUACUCGGGAACAUUAUGUGACAUUUCGUCAGCUACUGAUACGUGUUUGCCGAACCCUUGCAUGAAUUCUGGCACAUGUUUUACGUCCGAAAAUUUGGAUUCCUAUAUUUGUCUGUGUGAGUCCGGAUAUUCUGGUGAUAAUUGUGAAAAUGCACCAUGUAGUAGCUCUCCAUGCUUAAACGGUGGAACUUGUGAAACUGUUUCCAAUGGUUACACGUGCAUGUGCGUUUCUGGAUACCAAGGCAGCCGAUGUGAUACCGCUACAACCCCGUGUAUGCCGAACCCUUGCAUGAAUUCUGGCAUGUGUCUAGUAUCAUCCACAAAUAUGGAUUCCUAUUUUUGUCUGUGUCAGUCCGGAUAUUCUGGUGAUCAUUGUGAAAAUGGCCUAGAUGUGUGUUCGUCGGACCCUUGCUUGAACUCUGGCACAUGCUUUGUGUCCUCAACAUUUGACUCCUAUGUGUGUUUGUGUACAUCAGGGUUUUCUGGUGUUAAUUGUGAAAUUGAUGCGUGUAAUCCAAAUCCAUGCCAGAACAGUGGAAACUGUAUACGUAGGCCUACUACGUUUAGCCCUCUCUACAUUUGUCAGUGCAACAGUAACUUUACUGGAACUAAUUGCCAGACGCCUGCAUCUACACCAUGUGAUAGCUCGCCAUGCCUAAACGGUGGAACGUGUGAAAAUGAUUUCAAUGGUUACACGUGCACGUGCGCUUCUGGAUACGAAGGCAACGAUUGUGAUACCCCAAUCAAUGAGUGUGCGAGUACCCCGUGUCAAAAUAAUGGUAGUUGUAUAGACAUGGUCGACGGCUUCACUUGCGACUGCCAGGUCGGCUAUUCAGGAACCAAUUGUCAGAAUGGCCUAGAUGUGUGUUCGUCGGACCCUUGCUUGAACUCUGGCACAUGCUUUGUGUCCUCAACAUUUGACUCCUAUGUGUGUUUGUGUACAUCAGGGUUUUCUGGUGUUAAUUGUGAAAUUGAUGCGUGUAAUCCAAAUCCAUGCCAGAACAGUGGAAACUGUAUACGUAGGCCUACUACGUUUAGUCCCUUCUACAUUUGUCAGUGCAACAGUAACUUUACUGGAACUAAUUGCCAGACGCCUGCAUCUACACCAUGUGAUAGCUCGCCAUGCCUAAACGGGGGAACGUGUGAAAAUGAUUUCAAUGGUUACACGUGCACAUGCGCUUCUGGAUACGAAGGCAACGAUUGUGAUACCCCAAUCAAUGAGUGUGCGAGUACGCCGUGUCAAAAUAAUGGUAGUUGUAUAGACAUGGUCGACGGCUUCACUUGCGACUGCCAGGUCGGCUAUUCAGGAACCAAUUGUCAGAAUGACAUUGAUGAUUGUGCCACAGCACCGUGCCAAAACAAUGGAACGUGCAACGACCAAGUGAAUGGAUUUACCUGCACAUGCCCAGAGGGAUUUGCUGUAAAUAUUUGUGAAGUACAAAGUGGAACACCUUGCGCAAGUUCGCCAUGUAUUGAUAACCGUGGGACGUGUACAAAUGAAGAUAAUGGAUUUAGUUGUAACUGCAUUACGGGCUACACCGGCUUGAUGUGCGAAUCUGUUGAUUUUUGCGUUGAUUCGCCGUGUAAAAACAGUGGUACGUGUUUAUCAUUACCAACCGGGUCAGCCUGUUCAUGUAUCAAUGGAUACAGUGGUAAAACAUGCUCAUCUGCUGAGAGUGAAAAUCGUACGUAUGCCCAUAAUGUUAAUUCACUUCAAUCACUGCAUACACUGAUAAAUGUAUGCAAUGGACUACUGUAUAAUCAAAGUGUUACUGUUCGUUAAUGUUGGCGCGAAAAAGUACGAUGGGCUGACCCAGAGAUAUUCAUAAAGGGGGUGGGGAAAUGUGGAAAUAACACUAUCCAGGGAGUCAAAUGCAUGUAAAUAACUUUUUUUAAACCACAUUUUUCUGGGUUUUUCUGGGCUUUUCAAAAAAGAAGGAUGAUGAGCCGUCCUCUCCUAAAUCCGCCCGGGGUACUUAAGGUGAUGUAUACAGUGGUAAUGAUGGAGUCGACAUUGGUGAUGUGUUAGCAUUGGUUAAGUACGUACGAUGGCGAUGGUGUUGACUUUGGAAAGUACUUUUUUAUGAUAUUGCAUCGGUGAUGUACUUAUGAUGUCGACAAUGGCGAUUUUAUUACGGUGCUAACAUUGGUGGUGUCAUUGAUGUUGUACUGUUGAUGUUGCUGACAUAGGCAAUUUACUGAUGAUUUUGACAUUAUUGAUGUACUGUUGAUGGAGCUGACUUUGGUGAUGUACUGAAGAUUGAUGACAACAUCGUUGACUUACUGCGAUACCGUCGCCAAUUAACAGGAGCGGAUCCAGAGAUGUCUAAAAGGGGGAGGGGGCGAAAGUUGGGCCGAUCGAGACAACACUGUCCUAGGGGAGCCCGGGGGCAUGCCCCUGCGAAGUUUUUGUGUUGUGGAUGUUCGAAAACAACAU